AUGAUCAUGAGCCACCCCGACAACACGAAGCCGUUACCGGCACUGGCUCCGGGGCCGCCACGAGCUUCUGCUCCUCAUACUUCAGUAGGUAUCAGCAGGCCAAAGAAGAACUCCACGGCGUGUUUGGCUUGCAAGGCUGCAAAGAGAAAGUGUUCUGGACCGCCCGGUAAAUGCAAGACCUGUAGUGCCGCCAACCUUGAAUGCCUGUUUGAUCCAAGCCGAGAUCUUAGGCGCAAGGUAGCCGUGAAGCGGACAAUCCAAGAACUGACAGAUCACAAAGAUCUGUUGAAUGCUCUGUUGGAUAUGAUCCGCUCGGCUGAUAAACCCGAUUCUGAAAAAAUUACGGACAUUAUUCGAAACAGCAUCUCGAAUGAAGACGUCGCCCGUGCUUUCGGAAGUUCAGCAACAAAGUUUCAUGACAGCCACGGUCUCUUGGCCGCCAAUGCAUUGGCGAUAUUGGACGACCAGGAAGACCCCAUACAUGUAGAGCCUGAAAACACUAGGGUGAGACAGAACUCGGAUCCUGGAAACAUAACAAGCUCUUCAGAAGCGAUACAUGUUGAAAUUCCCCGGCCACAGGUGGUCAACUCUUAUGCACGUAUAACGCUAGAAAGCCUGUGCGAUAUACCGCUGUUUGAGGUGCAGGCCAAGCCGUGGACACGGGUCACAGAUGAUGAUUAUUUGGUCUCUCACCUGAUCUCGCUUUACUUCACCUGGGAUCAUCCAUGCUCUCAGUUCCUUGAUCAGACUGUUUUUCUCGAGCAUAUGCAACGAGGGAAUCUAAAUUCGGAAUUCUGUGCACCUAUCCUCGUCAACAGCCUUUUAUCAAUGGCCAGUGCCUAUUCUGAUAGACCUGAUGUUUUCUCAAGUCCUGGAAAUACAUUUUCACGAGGUCGAAAUUUCUUUUGCGAAGCAAAACGAUUAUGGAAAGCCGAGAAUGGUCGCGCAAAUUUGACAAACAUCCAGGCUCUGCUUCUGAUGUGCUGUGUACUCAAAUUCCAGGGAAAAGUCGAUAAAGGCUGGCUGAUGCUUCGACAGGCUGUUCGCUUGGCCGAGGAAAUUGGAAUCCUCGAAGGCUCGACAUUGCCUCGAUCUGAAGACAGGAUACUGCCCGAGAUUGAGCGUGUUCGUGCAAUCACCGCCUGGGGAAUCUUACAAUUGAAUUCGGAAAUAUCACUAGAGCUGCAGUGGGUUGCUCCCUUGGUGUCGCCAGCCAUGGAUAUCAAGCUAUGUGGCAACCAGGAUCUAGAUUGGAUCCCAUAUCCUCUCUCAAAUCAGAUGACCUAUGACAAAAGACCAGCACGCCUCCCAGAUGUUCGGGACAAAACAUCCCAGAUCACCACAAUCUUAAUCGAUAUCCAAACCCUUGUUUAUCAAAAAAAUCAAGGUAGUAGCUUUGAAAAGUUGUGGAGACUGGCCGAAGAACCCUUCGAUCAGUUAACCGCUUGGCUCGAUCGCUUGCCUCAGGUGCAUGAAUUGAAGCGUGAUCCUAUUCCACAAGUUCUUAUCCUCCGAGUCAAGUGCCUACACACGAUCAUGUCUCUCUUUGAUAUCCUUAAUGACCCUCAUCAGCCGCAACUCGUGCAACAGGCCCAGUAUUAUCAGAUGAAGUCCGCCGAAGAGAUGGCACAGUGUCUUCGUAUCCACCGCGAAGCAUAUGGUCUCAAGCACAUACCAAGUCGAAUGGUCGAUGCGACGCAGACAGGCCUUCAGAUACUAGCCUGCCAAAUGAAUGACAACGAGGAAUUAAGGCAGGCAUUUGUUGAGUUCAGUCGGUUUGGCGCCGCUCUCGGCAAAAGAUUCCAGCGAACAGCUGAUACGAUCCAUGAAAUUAGUGCGCAAGCGCUGAACCAAAACCUCAAGCUACCGUCCGAGGCCGUUGCACUUUUGAAUGACGCAGAACAUUGGGAGGGGCGUGGAGCGAGAGAUUCGGUGUGGUUUCCGUGUGAAUAA